UCCUCAACAGCUUGGUGGAUUGGAUGCCAGUCGCAGUCGACAGAAAACUUUGCGACCGUUUGGUUGGUUGGUUUUGGUUCUUCAGUUCGUUUUUUGAUUAUUUUCGGACGGUUUUUGAAAUUUCACGAAACAACGGCAAAAUCAUACAUAUAAAGCAGAAAUCCAUUAUAUAAACAAGAUCUACAAAACCUUAAUGCACGUACACACAUGCACACGUGCAAUACAUAUGUACAUAUAUGUUCACGUAUGUAGGUGUAGAAACAGUUACUAUAAAUAGCCAACGGAAAUCGAUAAAUAAAUAAAGCACUAAAGUAAAAGUUCUAUCUCCUCCUCCGCACCAUACACAAUACACCCACACACCCACAACAAGAAAAGAAAUUCUAAUUGCGACUUUGCAAAAAAAAGUUUGACGGUGAAAUAAAUGCAUACUUGAAUAUUUGAGUAUAAUGCCGAUCUUCAUUCAUUUUUGGCUCUAACUGUGAACACGAACACACAAACACUUUGCCGCAAAAAAAAGAGCUAAAACAAUUAAAAUUGCUUGCACUGAGAUGUUUGCGCGAUGUUUAUUCCUGACCUUGUUCGUGGCGGUCAUGGCGGCGGCCGGCAAGAGUGACGAUCAGUCCAAGGAGCGGCGACUGGAGCAGACAGUAUUAAAAGUGCCUCUUCGGCUGGGCUUGUCCAAAAGGCAGACAAAGAAGAAGCUGCCACCGAUGCUGCUGCUGCUUCCAUCUUCAACUACAGCUUGUGACUUCUACCACUUCUACCUAACCUGCUGCCGCCGCGCUGUCUGCCAACUUCGUCUUGGCCGGGAGUUUGCCGGACCAGGUCCGACCCGCCCCGCCCCGCACCCCCACCUCUUCUGUGUCUCUCCAUCAUUUUUGUUUUUGUUUCAUAUGCCCGACGUACGAACGAGUUUCGUUUCGUGUGGCUCGUUCAGCGAAAAGCCAGAGGAGAACAAAAGAGAACAGAAAACGGUCAGAAGCGUUUUCGAAUUGGAGUUGCUGUUGGUGUUGGCCAGACCCAGGCCCAGACCCAGGCAGAGCAGAGGUUUCUUUUUGCCAAUGCCACUAAGCUGCCUGAUGAUGACAAAGUGUGAAGAAGUAUUUAAAGUGUUAUUCUUGCCGUUGGGAUCCCUUUUCACAUCGCUCCUCAUACGAGCACUCGGUGCUCUUCGUCUCCUUCUCCCGCUCGGCGAGCUUGAGAAUUGUCAGUCAAUAAUUUUGUAGUUAUCUCGGUAACAAUCCUUGAGCUGUCUCCAUUUAUAAUUUGUGGCCCUGUGCGAGAGACAGGGUGCCCCGGCCGUGGCAUCAACAGCAGCCCAAGCGCAGCCCAGUGGCAUAGGACACAGUGACUUGGAUUCCCAAUCCAGGCACGUUUUUGGGAUAACGCCCUAUUUAUAACGAGCGGGAACGUUGUGAGUUGCUGCGGACACCGCAACUCUACAUUUAUACCCGAUACUUAGUCAGUAUG